AUGGACACCCUCUGGGGCCCCCGCGCCGGCCCAGAGAUAGCGGGACCGAUCACCUCCCAGCGCGCAAAAAAUCGGUAUCUCACGGAAUCCAACCAAACCCGCCGCAGGUCCGGGCGGGGCCGAAAACGGCUUUUGCUGCCAGAGAGCUACAACGUCGAGAAGGUCGUCUCGUGGCGGCAGAGAGCUGGGGGGAUCGAGCUUCUGACCGCCUGGGAAGACUACGAUGUCGAUGGUUGGACGUGGGAGCCCCUCGACAACAUCCCCAAGCGGUUUGUUCGGGCCUUUCAUGCGCAGCGCGAACGUCUCCCGCAAUCCUUUUUCUACGUCGUGACCAAGAUGCGCGACCGGGUCGCCUUCAAGCUGCUCGAGAGGACCGGCCCGAUGUUUGGGGUUGCUGUCCUGGCCAAGAUUGCGGUCAAGGAGGACCACUGGCAGCGGGCGCACACACUCACCAUCACCUCGCAGGAGCACGCCGCGUGGAUCGUGUCGCUGCACGAGUCGCGGCCUACCCACGGCGUCGGCGCGCUCCGCAUCAAGAGCGCGCGACGCCUCUCCAACAUGCUGCUCGUCGCGUGCAAUGCUCGCACGCCGAUGCGCCUCUCCUUUGUGGAGCCGCGCGCGGGCGGCUCCGACGCGCCUGCCCCCGGCUCCUACAAGUUCACGGUCGAGUUCACCACCGUGGGCAUCAACUCGGCGACGGGCGACAUCAUGCCGUACACGGCGCCGACGGAGGAGCUGCGCCUCGAGAUGGCAGAGGCGCACGCGCUGGUUGCGUACUCAAAGAAGACGCUCAAGCAGCCGUGGGCGGCGGAGCCUGUCCGGCACAGCCUGCGCGCUAGCGGCUGGUGCGACCAGCCGGUGGCGUUUCAGUAG